CUUUAGCAAAGGUUGUGUACUUCCGGGUUAAAACAUGGCGUGUUACAUACACGUGAGUUAAACAUCAAUUUUGCUACUGAAGAGUUGAUUGAAGUAAAGCAAAUCCGUUCCAGAGUAAGUUAACGUGGAUAAUUGCAAAAUAUAAAACAUGGCAUCACUGGAGGACGACUUUCCACGUGGGGGCAUCAUUAAGAAGCCGACUGGAAGCAAAUCCGCGAGACAGAAAGUUGAAGUGGACAAUUUGUUCGCGGUCCAUGAGCCAGAACAAAAAAAGAAAAGAAAGUCUGCAAAAGAGGUGGAUGAAAUCAAGGCAAAGAAGAAGAAAUUCAAAGAAGACAGCCUGAAAUUAAAUGCAACCAACAACAUAGAUAUUCUCCAUUUUAAGAGCCUCAAGGUGGGAACCCUUCUUCUCGGCUGCGUGAAGGAGGUGACGAACUUUGCGGUGACGGUCAGUCUUCCCAGCGGCCUCAACGGCUACCUCCCCAUCGCCAACAUCUCCGAGUCCUACACCAAGAUCCUGAGCGAGCAGCUGGACUCUGGGAACAAUCUCGACGAGAUUUUGGCUCUUCCCUGUCUGUUCUCUCCUGGAAUGCUGAUUCGGUGCGCGUUGGCUAGUUUGGAGACGGCGAAGGCGGGGCACGUGAGCCUCCGGGUAACGGUCAACCCGAAGGAGGUGAACAAAGGGCUGAGUUCUGGAUCUCUGAAAGCGGGCAUGCUGCUGAGUGGUUGUGUGGAAAGCAUCGAAGACCACGGCUUCCUGAUUGACAUUGGCCUCAGUGGAACCAAAGCUUUCCUCCCAAAAGCAAAGGACAUCGCCAAGGCUGCUCAUCAGGCCGACCUGAAGGUGGGCCAGUACCUGCACUGCCUGCUGGAGGAGGUGAAGAAUGGCGGCCGCGUCGCCCGCGUGUCCAUUAGCCCCCCGGCCAUCGCCCGGGCCUGCGCAGAGACCCAGCAUGGCUGGACCCUCAGCAGUCUACUCCCAGGCCUGGUGGUCAAAGCAGAGAUCAAGCAGGUCAGUCCUCACGGGAUGAUCCUGGAGUUCCUGUCCUCCUUCCGGGGCUCUGUGGACUUCAUGCACGUCGACCCGGACAAAGCGUCCAGCUACAGUCCCGGGGAUAACGUGAAGGCUUGCAUUCUCUACAUUGAGCCCGGCACGCACACCGUAGGCCUGUCGCUGCGCAGCCACCUGCUGCAGCCAGGGGGCGCAGUGGAGCCGGUGGUGAGCGACAGAAUCGGCGAGGUGGUGAGAGGCUGCAGGAUGGCGGCGAUGCACUACCACUCCGGGGCCGUGCUGGAGCUGCCCGAGGAGACGCUGGCCUUCGUGCACAAAAGUCACAUCAAAGAGCCGAAUCAGAUGUUCAACCCAAACCGCGUGAAGGCGAUCGCCGCGCUGGACUGCCGCAUCACGGGCUUCAGCCCCCUGGAGCAGAUGCACCUGGCCAGCCUGCGCAGGAGCAUUAUUGAGGCCGCCUUUCUCCGAUAUCAGGACCUUCAGCCCGGGCAGAUUGUGGAGGGCACGGUGACCUCCCUGCAGAGCUUUGGGAUGGAGGUGAAGCUGUCGGAACACGUGAAGGGCAUGGUGCCCAGGACACACCUGGCCGACGUGUUGCUGAGCCACCCGGAGAAGAAGUACAGCGUGGGAAACAGGGUCAAGUGUCGGGUGUUGACGGUGGAACCCCGCGUGAGGAAGCUGGUGAUGACGAGGAAGAAGGCCCUGGUGGAGUCCACCCUGCCGCUGAUCCGCAGCUACGCCGACGCCAGGGUGGGCCGGGUCGCCCACGGGUUCAUCGUCUGCGUGAAGGACUUCGGCUGCAUCGUCCGUUUCUACGACAACGUGAAGGGCCUGGUGCCCGUACGCGAGCUGACGAGCGAGCCGGUGGUCGUCCCCGCAGAGCUCUUCUAUGUGGGACAGGUCGUUAAGGCCAAGGUCCUGUCAUGUGACGCUGAGCGGGAAAAGCUCCUGCUGUCCUUCAAGGCUGUUGCCGACGGCGUGACAGAAGCUGCAGAAAACUUCAGCUUUGAAGUUGGAAAGAGCGUGGAGGCGCGGCUGGUGAAGAAGGUUCCCACCGGUUUGGGCGUGUCCAUUCUUCCCGAAGAGGCCUCCGCCCUCCUGCCCACCGCGCACCUGUCCGACCACGUGUCCAACUGCGGCCUCCUGUGGGAGGCGCUGCGCGAGGGGGACGUCAUCUCCAACGUCCUCUGCCUCAGCAGGAACAAGCAGAGCAUAGUGCUGACGAAGAAGCCGCUGGUGAAGGCCGCGCUGCAGGACGGCGUCGUCGCCCGCGAGUUCUCUGAGAUCCAGGUGGGGAUGGAGCUGAUUGGCUGGAUCAAGAACGUCAUGCCGUACGGGGUGUUCGUGGAGUUCCCCCACGGCCUCGUUGGGCUCGCCCCGAUAUCCGCGAUGUGCGACAGGUUCCUCAGCAGCACCUCCGCGCCCUUCCAGCCGGGACAGACGGUGGUCGCCAAGGUGACCAACCUGGACAAGGAGAAGCAGAGGUUCCUGGUGACCCUGAAGGUGUCAGAGGUCGGGGACGAGGCGGAGCGCGAUCGGGCCAGGCUGGUCCAGGGCCUGAAAGAGAGGGAGGCCGUGACCGAAAUGAUGGCCACUAGAGCUGAGAGCGAGCUGCUCCAGUUCCUCUCCACUCUGACGUUGGGACACACGCUGAAGAUGACAGUUGAAGAAGUGAAGGAUGAUGGGACUGCAAAGCUCGUGGCAGGCCAGCCCGAGGGCGCUACAGUAUUGGCCACAAAGUACCAUUUGACUGACGUGACUGUCACUCCGGGUCAGAAUGUCACCGGCGUUGUUCUCCACGUGGAUCUCUUCACCUCUCACGUUUAUGUUUCCCUCCUUUCCCGCCUGGUGGCCAAUAAGAAAACUCUUCAGGCAGAUGCAAAUCUGCUUGCAACAGUGGAGUAUGUGGAGCAGGACUUUGCCGUCAUCUCAUUGGGCGACACUGGUCACCUGACCAUGGUUCACACCGCCGCUCAUUUAAACGAGUACCUGAAGGAGUCGGAGAAGCUCUGUCCCGGGAAGACCUUCGCCGUGACCGUGAAAGAGCCUAGCUGUGAGGAACUGGGAGGGCUCCCCCUGGUGGCCCGGGGGUCCGUAAAAUCCCCCGUGGCUAAGAAACGCGAGCCGACCGUCUCGGCGGCGUCUGCCCCGGACAGCGAGGUUCCCAGGGGCCCGAAGCACGCGUACCGCGUGGGCGACACGGUGACGGGGACGGUGAAGUCCGUGCGACCCACCUCGGCGCUCGUGUCCCUGGAGAACGGCGUGACGGGCCUGGUUCACGUCUCGGACGUCUCGGACGCGGUGAAGCCCGGCAGCUUCCCCACUUCCUCCCUGAAGGUGGGCGCCGCCGUCACGGCCCGCGUCGUCGGCGGGAAGGAGGCCCGAAGCCACAAGUUCCUGCCCAUCUCCCACCCCAACUUCACCUUCACGAUGCCUCAGCUCUCACUUCUUCCCCCCAGCAAGGUGAAAGAAGAUGAUCUUCUCCAGCAGACAAGCGCUAAAGAGCAGCUGAAGAGAUAUCAGCCUGGCGACGAGGUCAUCUGCUUUGUGUCUAAGUUUGACAAACCGAAGAAAUUUUUGGAUGUGGCCCUGACCCCGUCCGUCAACGGCAGCGUGGAACUGCUGGCCAUGACUCUCGAUCCGAAAGAAGCCAAGCACCCUGAGAAGUUCUUUAAAUUGGGUCAGGCACUGAAAGCAACAGUCGUUGGACUCCAUUCCUCCAAGAAGUGGCUCUCUCUUUCUCUAACCGGCACACACAGCCUCGUGGAGGGCGUGCGGACGCUGGGAACCGUGAAGAAGGUCGUGCCGCACGUCGGCCUUGUGGUGACGCUGCCCUUCCGGAGGACAGGCCUCGCCUCAUUGGUCGAUCUGGCCGACUCCUAUAGGCCCAGCCCUCUGGAUCAUUACAGCGAGGGGCAGGUGGUCAGGUGCUGCGUGGUCGGCGAGGAAAACGAUAAACUGCAGCUGUCUCUGCGUCCGUCCAGGGCCCAUCCUGAAAAGGCGCUUCCGGUGAAAGAUGCCGAAGUGUUGUCCAUCGAUGACCUGAUAGUCGGCCAAAAAGUGCGAGGCUACGUCAAAUCUGUGGGAGACCAGGGAGUUUUCGUGAGGCUGUCCAGGACCAUCACGGGCAGGGUGAAGUUCCAGGAGGUCACCAGCUUCUUCGUGCGAGACCACAGCUUGUACAGCAAGCACAUUCUCCCGAGCUCCCUGUUCACCACCAAGGUGCUGAGUGUGGACAAAGAGAACGGCCAGGUGGAUCUGUCGCUGCUUCCUGAAGACACGGGGAAGCCGGACGUCCUCCCAGAAUCCCUGGGGCUGCCGCAGCGGCUGAGGGGGGAGGAGAAGGAGAAGCACGACGCCGCCCAGCGGAAGAGGAAGAGGACCCCCUCCGAGAGCGAGCCGGAUGCGUCUGCGGCCAAAAAUCUAAAGAAGAAGAAGAAGAAGAAAACGAAGGGAGGACGACCGGAGGAGAAUGACAGUGGGGUGGAGGUGUACUUCAGAGAGGAAGAGGAGGAUGAGGAAGACGUGAAGCCGGAGAAGAAGAGCGCUCCGGCCGCCCCAGCGGUCCCAGAGGGGGGCCCGGUCCGGCUCCAGGUGGCGGGAGGCUUCAACUGGGACGUGGCCCUCAGCUCUCUGCGUCCCGCCACGGCGGGAAUCGGGGCGGACUCCAGCGAGGAUGAGGAUGAGGAAGAGCAGGCCAAGCCCCAGAAGAAGAGUCGGCGGGAGCGGGAGCAGGAGCAGCAGCGGGCGGAGUCGGCGCUGGCGCAGCGGGAGGGCGAGCUGAUGGACCCGGGGAGGCGGCCCCAGAGCGCGGCCGGGUUCGAGCGGCUGGUGCUGGGCUCGCCCGACAGCUCGCUGCUGUGGCUGCAGUACAUGGCCUUCCACCUGCAGGCCGCCGAGAUCGAGCAGGCCCGCGCCGUGGCCGAGCGCGCCCUCAAAACCAUCUCCUUCAGGGAGGAGCGGGAGAAGCUGAACGUGUGGGUGGCGCUGCUGAACCUGGAGAACCUGUACGGCUCGGCGGACAGUCUCCGCGCCGCCUUCGAGCGCGCCCUGCAGUUCUGCGAGCCGCUCCCCGUCUACCAGCAGCUCGCCGACAUCUACGCCACAUCCGGCAAGCACAAGGAAGCGGAGGACCUGUACAGGAACAUGGCGAAGCGCUUCCGGCAGGAGCGGGCCGUGUGGCUGAGCUACGGCUCCUACCUGCUCCGGCAGGACCAGAGCGACGCUGCUCACGCCCUCCUGCAGAGGGCGCUCAAGAGCCUCCCGGUCAAAGAGCAUGUGGAUCUGAUUGCCAAGUUUGCUCAGCUGGAGUUCCAGCACGGCGACGCGGAACGAGCCAAGUCCAUGUUCGACAGAACGCUGACCAGCUACCCCAAGCGCACGGACCUUUGGUCCGUGUACAUCGACCUGAUGGUGAAGCAUGGCACACAGAAGGAGGUCCGGGCCCUGUUUGACCGCGUGAUCCACCUGAGCGUGGCCGUGAAGAGGAUAAAGUUCUUCUUCAAACGUUACCUGGAGUACGAGAAGAAGCACGGCACGCCUGAGAGCGUGCUGGCGGUGAAGGAGAAGGCCCUGGAGUACGUGGAGGCGAAGGGCCCGGGGGAGGCCAGCUGAAGCAGAGGAUUGUGGGUAAACGUCGCACGCAAAGAUUCACGAACGGACUUCAGAACGUUUCAUAAUGCAAUAUAUCGUAUAUUGUAUGGAAGAGAAUCAAACCAUCAGCGUUUUUUUUUCUUCUAAAGUGUGACUUCCUGACAGUAAUUAGUUGAGUCUUUUUUUGUUUUUGUUUUUUUGUGGUUGUUAACAAGACAUUUUACACCUGAAAAUGUGUUAUAAAGAGCUGAUGUAUUGAAUCUCUUUUUAAUAAAAGAAAUGCUACCAUUUGUAGCCCUGCCGUU